AUGCCCAUCAUUCCUUUCAUGGAUCUCUCCCACAACAACCUCAGCGGACCUUUAACCAACCUUCCUAAUGGGGCUGCUAAUGUGGAUGAUGAUGGGGAUUUUAUUGAACCAGCGUUAUAUCUUCAAAAUAACACUUUCAAUGAGUCGAUUCCAAGGUCCUUCUGCAAGAGGACGGAUUUAGUUUAUCUUGAUCUUUCCAAAAAUCGGUUAACCGGAGAAAUUCCCAAAUGUUUCAAGAAUCUGCAAAACCUGCAGUUCCUGAGAUUAAGCUCAAAUGGGUUAAGUGGCACCCUUCCAAGUUUUAUAGGGAACAUUUCAGAGUUAUCAUCAUUAAACUUGAAUGAUAAUAACUUUAGUGGUGAGCUUCCUGCAGAACUUUGGAAUUUAAGUUUCUUGGAGGUCUUAGAUUUGGGUGACAAUGCAUUCUGCGGAAAAAUACCGGAAUGGAUUGGAGAAAAAAUUAAAUUAUUGUGGGUUUUCAGGUUACACAAAAAUAACUUCACUGGAGGAAUUCCUCAAUCUCUGUGCACAACUACGAAUCUUCAAAUUUUGGAUGUUGCACACAAGAACUUACCAGGAACAAUCCCUCAUUGUCUAGGAGAAUUACAAGGUAUGCGUAAUGAUUACGGUAGAGAUUUUGGUGAGGGUACCGAGGAGGGGCUAGUUCAGGAUAUGAAAGGCAGUUCUUAUGAAUAUACGACGAAUACAUGGUAUCUAGUAAAAAACAUAGACCUUUCAAACAAUAAAUUCGUUGGAGAGAUACCUGUGGAAUUAACUGCACUUUCUGAAUUGUUGGGUCUCAAAUUGGCCAAUAAUCAUCUUAGUGGAGGCAUUCCAGACAACAUUGGAAACAUGAGAACGUUAAUUUCUCUCGAUUUAUCUGGAAACGAGUUGGGCGGGCCGAUCCCUCCAAGCGUUACAAAUUUGACUUUUUUGAGCCAUUUGAAUUUGUCAAACAACAGUCGGGCCGAAUUCCAACAGGAAAUCAAUUGCAGACCCUCAUCGAUCCAUCAAUAUAUGCGGGGAACAAAGAUCUAUGAGGCCCUCCGAUGCCAAAGAAUUGCUCUAAUCCAGAUGACCCAACCAUAA